CCUCCAAAUUUUAAAACAUCCAUGCACUAUCAUCAAAUCUCAACGUAAAUUGUUUAAUUUUACCCAAAUUAAUGUAAACUUUGUAACGAAAACGAAGCAAUAACUAAAACGUACUCCACCCUGUGAUAUUAAAAUCGUAAAAACCUCGCCGACGAUGAAACUCUACGUAUUUUUCGUCUUAUUAGGAAUUCUAACCUUAAAGGUUAUUGCUUUAGAAAAGCAAAUAACAAUAAAUGUUGAUCCUCGACGGCAAGAUUGUUUUUACGAGACAAUCAAAGAGCAAGAAACGGUGGAAGUCGAUUAUCAAGUAAUAGAUGGGGCUCAUACAGAUUUAGACAUAUCAUUUCAGAUAUUAGACCCUACCGGAAGGGUCCUAAUUGGUGAUUUUAAAAAGACUGGAAACGCUCACACUUUCACCACACAAACUAAAGGCGAUUACAGUUUUUGUUUCGAUAAUACUUUUAGUACGGUGAGUGUUAAGACUGUAUUUUUUGAAUUAAUUAUUGAUAAUGAUGAUGAUGAGAAUGAUUAUGCCAAUGAACUUGAGUUAAAUCCGGAAGAAGUUUAUGAGUUAAAAGUACAGGAUAUUUUGGAGAUAAUCGCGAAAGUUAAGUCUGAUAUGAAUAAAGUGAGACAAUUACAAGAUAUUAUUAAGUCAGUUGAAGCCAGGGAUCGGAAUGUAGCCGAAGAAAAUCAUAGUACGGUUAAUUUCUUUUCAUUUACCCAAAUUAUGGUGAUGUUAAUUGUUGGGAUUGGUCAGGUUAUUACCGUUAGGAGUUUGUUUGAUGAAAAAUCAAGGGUACAUCGAUUAUGGAAGAAGGUUAAUUCAAGAUAGGUCAUUUAGUUUUAAUUCAAAUUUGGCCACAUUUUUAAAUUUCAUAUUUAUAUAUUUCAGAUUUAUUCUGCCAAAGUUUUAUUGUAUUUAAGAUUUUUUUUUUUUGAUAAUUUCUCAUUGUGUCAUACUUUUUUCUAUGUAAUUUUGUAAAAUGAAAAAAAUAAUAUAAAAACUAGUCACAUUUUGAUAAACAUCAAUAUUA